AUGUCAGAAACCGAAAAAUCCCCUCCCCUACCGGACUCUGUCUCCGUCGAUAACGGCAGACACAUCGACGAACGCAUCCUCAAACACUCGCACGACGCCGACGUCGCGCUGCACGCCAUCCAACAAGUCGGCGAUGGCCAAAUUAUCACCAUCGAUGCCGCGACCAACAAGCGCCUCUUGCGAAUCAUCGAUUGGCAUCUGAUGCCAUUGAUGUGUGUCGUUUAUGGAAUGAAUUAUUUGGAUAAAACGACGAUUUCGUAUGCGAGUGUCAUGGGGAUGAAAACCGAUCUUCGUCUUGUGGGAAAUGAUUAUCAGUGGUUGGGGAGUAUGUUCUAUUUCGGGUAUCUUGGAUGGGAGUAUCCGGCUAGUCAACUUCUUCAACGCUUGCCUUUGGGAAAGUACUCUGCGAUCUGUGUCGUGCUAUGGGGCAUCGUGCUCUCAUGUUUUGCAGCCGUGAACAAUUUCGGCGGUGCAGUCGCUAUCCGGUUGAUGUUAGGGGUUUGUGAGGCGUCUGUUACGCCGGGGUUUGCACUGUUGACUUCUCAGUGGUACACACGAAAAGAGCAAGGUCAACGAACAGGCCUAUGGUUCAGCUUCAAUGGCUUCGGCCAAAUCGUCGGCGGCGCGAUCGCCUACGGCAUCGCAAAGGGAACCGACAAGAACGGAUCGUCCAUUGCACCGUGGAAGAUUGUGUUUCUAGCCACGGGCCUGUUCACAAUAUGUAUCGGCCUGGUCUUUCUCUGGGUCAUACCAGACAACCAGCUAAAUGCGCGAUGGCUGUCUCAAGAAGAUCGCGUGCUGGCCGUUGAGCGCGUACGCAUCAACCAGCAGGGUAUCGGAAACAAGCAUUUCAAAAUGUAUCAGUUCAAGGAGGCGAUGAAGGAUCCCAUGACGUGGGCGUUUGCGUUUUAUGCGUUGGUUGCUGACAUUCCGAAUGGUGGUAUUAGUAACUUUUUCAGUCAAUUGAUCGAGGCAUUCGGAUACACGGCAGAACAAAGUCUGCUCUAUGGUAUUCCUGGCGGUGCAGUCGAAGUAAUCGCAUUAAUUGCCAGUGGCUUUUUGGGCGACUGGCUCGGUCGACGUCUAAUGUGCAGUAUGGGCGGCCUUGUGACUGCUAUGGUCGGCAUGAUUCUCAUCAUUGCGCUGCCGUUAGCCAACAACGACGGCCGAUUGAUCGGCUAUUACAUGACGCAAGCAAGCCCGACGCCGUUCGUUGCGUUGUUGUCAUUGAUUAGUUCGAAUGUGGCUGGAUACACCAAAAAGACUACCGUUGCUGCUAUAUACCUGAUUUCGUAUUGCGUUGGAAAUAUCAUUGGACCACAAACGUUCCGUCCUAAAGAUGCGCCGCGCUAUGUUCCUGCUGAAAUCACCAUUGUCGUAUGCUAUGGAGUGUGCCUGAUUGAUUUGGCGUUUAUAUGGUGGUGGUAUGCCAGUCAGAACAAGAAGAAGGCUAUAAUCCGGGCGAGUGAGGGAUAUGCCAAGUUGGAGAAUCAAGAGCUCCUCCGCAAAGUAAACUUCAACACUUACAAAACCGAAAACAACCAUCGCGAACAAUCUAUCCGCGCCCGAUACUACCUGCAAGGAACACAAGACUACACCAAAUACAACGUCUUAUGCGGCAACUUGCGCAGUCUUGCACACAAACUCUCAGCUCUCGACCCAUCGGACCCGUUCAGGAAACAACUCGAGUCCGAGAUCCUCGAAAAGUUGUGGUCGAUAGGAAUUCUCAAACAGUCGAGGGAGCAAGGAGCGGGAUUAUCGAGGGUGGAGCAUGAUGUGACAGUUUCGGCGUUUUGUAGACGCAGGUUGGGCGUUUUGAUGACGAGGAAUGGCAUGGUGGGGGACGUGAAGACGGCUGUUACUUUGAUUGAGCAGGGGCACGUCCGCGUCGGAACGGAGGUUGUUACUGAUCCUGCAUUUCUCGUGAACCGAAACAUGGAAGACUUUGUGACAUGGGUCGACUCGAGUAAGAUCAAGAGGACUAUUAUGAAGUACCGGGACAAUAUGGAUGAUUUCGACUUGAUGGUUUAA